AUGCCCGCGCGCACGCCUAUCCGUCCGACUUCGCGCCCUUCGUCCUUCUACUCGGCAGUCCAGCUUCUGUUCGCUACACCGGUUGCGCUUCCAUCACCAGAAGAUGACAAGCCUCUCGAGACGGAGCUCGUGGACCUCAGCUACCUGCGGCACCGGCGCUCUGGAUCAAACAGCUCCAGUACAUCUUUCGAUAGCACGAUCUCCGGCAGGACUGUCGACGCCUUCGAUGCGGUCUUGACGCCGCAAUCGCACCCACCUGCUCCCUCGCGCACCCUUGGCCCUCACCCGACCGAGAAUGCAUAA